UUUGGGCCUGAAACGCUGGUCCAAUCAGAAUCGCGGCUUGGUGAAGGUUGGAUCUGGAUCAGAAACGGAGCUGCUGCUGUCAUUUCCACAGUGCUGUGUCCUGUUAAGUCGUCCCUCCAGAACCAUGGGAAAGAAGAGUCGGGUGAAGACUCAGAAGUCAGGCUCCGGGGCCAGCACUGUGGUUUCCCCCAAGGAGAUGAUGAACCUCAUCUCUGAACUGCUGCAGAAAUGCAGCAGUGCAGCGCCCUCUGCUGGUAAAGAGUGGGAGGAGUACGUCCAGAUCAGAGGUUUGGUGGAGAAGAUCAGAAAGAAACAGAAGGGUUUGUCAACCGUGUUCGAGGGCAACAGAGAGGACUACUUCCCCGAUCUGAUGGCCUGGGCUCAGGAGAACGGGGCAUCAUGCGACGGCUUCACAUUGGCCGACUUUGGCACGGAGGGCUACGGGCUGCGGGCCAGCAGGGACAUCAAGGCAGAGGAGCUGUUCCUGUGGAUCCCGAGGAAGAUGCUGAUGACUGUGGAAUCAGCCCAGAACUCUCUGCUUGGUCCUCUGUACGGUCAGGACCGGAUCAUGCAGGCCAUGGGCAACGUGACGCUGGCUCUGCACCUGCUGUGCGAGCGGGCCAGCCCAUCCUCGUUCUGGCUGCCGUACAUCCGCAGUCUGCCCCAGGCGUACGACACGCCGCUGUACUACCAGCAGGACGACGUGCAGCUGCUGCUGGGGACGCAGGCGGUGCAGGACGUCCUGAGCCAGUACAAGAACACCGCGCGGCAGUACGCUUACUUCUACAAACUGUUGCAGACUCAUCCCGCCGCUAGCAAGCUGCCCCUGAAGGACGGCUUCACAUUUGAUGACUACAGGUGGGCGGUGUCGUCCGUCAUGACACGCCAGAACCAGAUCCCCACUGAGGACGGAAGCCGGGUCACCCUGGCGCUUAUCCCCCUGUGGGACAUGUGUAACCAUACCAACGGACUGAUCACUACAGGCUACAACCUUGAGGAUGAUCGUUGUGAAUGCGUGGCUCUGAAAGACUACAAGGAGAACGAACAGAUUUACAUCUUCUAUGGAACGAGAUCCAAUGCGGAGUUUGUCAUUCACAACGGCUUCUUCUUCCAAGACAAUGCCCACGACAGAGUGAAGAUCAAGUUGGGCGUCAGUAAGAGUGAACGUCUCUAUGCCAUGAAGGCCGAAGUCCUGGCACGAGCCGGCAUCCCGGCCUCCUGUGUGUUUGCUCUGCACUGCAACGAGCCCCCGAUAUCAGCUCAGCUCCUGGCCUUCCUGAGAGUCUUCUGCAUGACAGAAGAGGAACUGAAGGACUAUCUGCUCGGGGAUGGAGCCAUCAACAAGAUCUUCACCCUGGGGAACAGCGAGUUCCCCGUCAGCUGGGAGAACGAGAUCAAACUGUGGACUUUUCUGGAGAACCGAGCGGCUCUGCUGCUAAAAACCUACAAGACCACGUCAGAGGAUGACCUGGCUGUUCUGGAGAAGCCGGAUCUCUCCCUCCACUCCCGACUGGCCGUCCUGCUCCGCCUGGCCGAGAAGCAGAUCCUGGAGAAGGUGUCCGCCAGCGGCCGAGACAAACGGCUCUACUUCCAGACGAAGCUGGAGGAAGGCGCGCCGCUGCCGCACUUCGAGGAGAGCGACAUCGCUCUGCUGGAAAACAGCGACACGGAUGCAAAGCUUCCCAUCAUCCUGCACAAGCUGGAGGAGGUGGAGGAAAGAGACGGGCUCCGGGUGGAGGAGCCGCUGCUGAACGGGGAGAAGGUGGGCUUGGGAGCGGAGGAGAGUCAGGAGGUGGGCAGAGAUGUUGCUUCAGACCGGACGGGUCAGACGGAAGCGUCUGAGCAGAGCGCCAAUCGAACUGAAGACGACCCCGAAGAGAACAGUAAAUAACUCGGCCCCGUCACUGCCGCGGCUCACGCUAUUUAUUUAUUUUGUCUCUCGACGAGUGAAAACCCGUAGAAGCUGUAAAAUAUGAACCAUAUGUUCAUCCAAGCUUCCCGCAGAACACACUCAGCCUUGUUCCAGGAGAGGUUCGGAUAAAAAAAAUCUGCUUUGGGUUCAGUUUGGGACAUUAAAACAGCGAAAGGCCUGCAGCAUGGGAAGACUGAGAGAGGUGCAAACCACAAGGUGGCUUUAAGCAGCUUGAUGUUAUUUUUUUUACAAAGCAAGAACCUCUCCUGUUUAGUGGAUUAGCUGCUUUAUCACAGCAGGUUCGCCUCCAUGUGUGUGUUUUUCAGUUGACAAUCACUGUCUGGUUGUUCGUGAGCGACCGCCAUCACUGCCCUUCCCCGCUUUUUGGUUUAACCGACUCAUUUGUCAGCUGGUUGUUCAGACUGAAAUGGAAGAUUUACUUUACAAUGAAGUCGUUUUAAAACAUACGUAUGAAUGUACUGAGUGUAAAGCUGCAGCGGUGAUCCAGCAGGAGCGAUCGUCGCGUUUUGUUUUCUUCAUGAAGCCAUAAACGGCACUGAGGAGUCAGUGAGGAACAGGAGUGUGUUGCUUUUUUUGUUGUUGUUUUUUUCCCCUGUUGGAAGUUUGCGUUUUCUCGGAUAGCUUCAGCAUGUUGGUUUAAAAAAACACACACACACACAGCAGGAGACACCGUUCUGUUUCUUUCCUGCUUUAUGUUGGUUGUCGCAGUGAGCCUGACGAGCGUCUGUGUGAUAACCUGACAGGCCGUGAGAACCAGAAGGAAAAGGGUGAAGAGACUGGGAUGGUUUACCGUGUCCUUAAAAGUGUGUUUGAUUCAUACACAGCUGGGUCUGUUUGACAUGUUACGAUAUUAAAGAGCAUAAAUGCCAAAGAUACAGUACGCUCAUAGUAAAAAGUGCAUUUUUCUUAAAUAAUAUCAGGCUGUAUUAAAAGAGUUGGUCUUUA